GACAACAUUAGAACUGAGCACUGUACGUUGAUCAGCUAAAGAGAGAACUAUAUUAACAUAACAUGCAACAAAUACCAGUGUUACAAUCCACAGUAGCUCCAGUGGAGGGGAGGUUACGUUGCAGUGUGCCAAGCCUGCCAGCAAUCAAGCCAGACAGGCUAAAAACAGCUAAAACGCUGGUAGAGAAAGCAGUGAAGCUGAGGAAAGUGUUUUCAGUGCAGGGACCUUACCCUGUGAUCCGUGCUGCCUUAUGGGCCAGAGGGUGGGUGGAACGUCGUUUAUCCCAUCCUGUCCAGAGAGCCCCUCAUUGCCAUGGCAAUGAUGAGGAUGGUGAUGAUGGUGAUGUCGGUGCUGAUGCUACUGAGAGAGUGGAUGAAAGCGAGAAAGAGGAGAACCUUGAUGACAUGUAUGACCUCAUGUCUCGCCUGGUUCGAAAUGAAACAACAUAUUUCCAUUGGACAACACGUCGGGAUUACAUAGACUGUCGCUUCUUACGGAAUGACCAAAUGACCAAUCACUAUGCAAAUUCUGGGUCGUUUACUACCAAGGUCGGGCUCUGUGUGAACCUGCGUAACCUUCAGUGGUUUGAUACAGGAGAUCCUGACACCUUCUUCCCAAGAUGCUACAGACUUGGGGCAGAGGAUGAAAAGCAUGCAUUCAUAGAUGAUUUCAAGAGGACAGCAUGCACCAGCCUGCUGCAGCAUGUGGUAGAGACAAGCAGAUGGAGGAGUGACGGAGCAGAGGAGUUGAAUAAUGUGGAGCAUCGAUUUGUUGGUCCAGCAAUGAUCGACAUGGCUUUGCACGUGUGUCAAGAGUUUCUCAGUGUUUUAGAGCACGUUGACAUUGAUGUAACUGUAGAAACACCACCCUCGGUGGAGGAACAGCAGUGGGCAGAGUUUCUGCAAGACUACUACAUGGUUGUGCAUGAAGGUGUAUUGAUCAGGGGUAGCAGUGUGUUUGUGGAGCGCUGCCAGGCCAUGUUGAUCAGACUGCAGGAGAUUUGCCCUCAGCUGGAUACAGAUGGACUAAAUAACAUCUGGAUCAUCAAACCAGGUGCUAAGUCAAGAGGACGAGGUAUUAUUUGUAUGAAUCGCCUGGAUGAGAUUUUGGCACUUGUGGAUAGUGACAGAGCCCUGCCUAAGGAGAGUAAGUGGGUGGUUCAGAAAUACCUGGAACGUCCUCUGUUGGUCCAUGGCACUAAGUUUGACAUCCGCCAGUGGUUCCUCGUCACCGACUGGAACCCUCUGACUGUCUGGUUCUACAGAGAGUGCUACCUGCGGUUCUCUACUCAGCCCUACUCGACAAAAACUCUGGACAGCUCAGUCCACCUGUGCAACAACUCCAUCCAAAAGCACUUUCAGCCAUCCUGUGAGCGUCAUCCAGAAGUGCCUGAGGACAAUAUGUGGUCCUGCUCUCAGUUUAGGGCUUUUCUGCAGCGGCAGGGUCGUGGGGCAGAGUGGGAGUCAGUGGUGAUUCCAGGCAUGCAGCAAGCGGUGGUUUCCGCCCUGCAGACAGCCCAGGACCUGGUCGAGCCCCGCAAGGCAAGCUUUGAGCUCUACGGAGCCGACUUUAUAUUGGGCAGAGAUCUGAGGCCUUGGCUUCUGGAGAUCAAUGCCAGUCCGACUAUGGCCUGCUCUACCACUGUGACCGCUCACCUCUGCCCUGCUGUGCAGCUGGACACACUGAGGGUUGUGCUUGACCGACGGACUGAUCCUAGUGCUUACACAGGAGGCUUCCAGCUAAUCUUCAAACAGGCUGCAGUUGAAGUUCCUCAGUAUGUGGGAGUGAACCUGCUGGUGGAAGGAGCCCCCAUUAGGCGAUCCAGACCUCCACUUCAUAGACAAACUGUUAUUUCUAACCCACCUCUCACCAUCCAGUUCCCUCCAGACCAGUCAUCUUCAGAAGAGGUUGAAAUGACGCAUAAACCAUCAGGUCAGAAAUCCUAUGCAGUCUCUGCUUUUCGCCACUCAGGCAAGGAAAACCGAGCUGUUGGAGAGAAAAAGAGGCAGCUGAAAUCAACAUCUUCUAAGAGGGAAUGUCAUGGGAGAACAGAAAUUCAGAAUACCUCCUGUGUUCGCAGGUUCUGUCGCAAUCUGGUGUGGGAACAGCCUCUGGUGGUACACACUGAACCUCAGAGGAAAGCGCCUCGUUUGGGUUUGAGUCUCGGUGCCAACGGGGCAACUCUGGUCCCACGGAGCCUUUCCUUUUCCCUCUGCCCCCCUCACAGCAUGUCAGAUUGCACAUCUCAAGCCAACCCAGGCCAUGGAUCACAUAUCUCUAGAUCCUUCCUUCCCCAGACAGCUUUUAAACCCCAACACAGGACACCUACACGGGUCUUUCCUUCACUUCAGGGUCCCCUUCCUACCCUGGAGGUCUUUAGCUUGCGACCAAACAUUGUGGCUGGAAGCACUGCCUGUUGUAAUCCAAACAUGUCCUCUCAUCCCAGCCACCACAGGCAUCAGUUAUUCCUCUGCUCUCAAAGGCAUAGCAUGGCCAAAUAUAAAGGAGAAUUCACAGGAGAACAUAAAUACUAGAGGUAUUAUGUGUUGAAAAGAUGGAAAGCAAUCAGUAGAAAGUGAUAAAGAGGUUUUGUUAGAAACAAUAUUGUUAUCAAUUUAUAUUUUAAUAGGCUGGAGCCUAAUGAACAACAAAUUACAUAUUAUAAUCACAACACAGUAUGUGAUUGUAGUACCAUUAAAAUUAUUAUCAGAUUUUUGUUGAUUCUGUCAAGUGAGAUUUUCAAAUCAUUCACGUAGGGCUUUACGUUUGCAAGGCAAAUACGAGUACUUUUACCUUCUUGUAUUAGGAGUAAAGUGUCAAACAUACCAUAUAUGUCACUGGUAAAUUGUAAUUAGGUCUUAGUUUGGCUGACUGGAAUCUAAACCCUGGUAUAUGCUUUACGAUCCUGUUAUGAAUGUAACACCAAUCAAUAUUGUGUUGACGUUAAUUUGUAUUGAAACAAACAAA